CUGAUGUGAUUAACAAUCGAAAAAAACAAAAUUAAUAUUGAAAUGAAUCAGAGAUCAAGGUACGCGCUUCUAUUAAUAUAUAAUGUAAUGUUCGAGUAGUUGUUCGAUGUGGAACUGGAUACGUACGUGAUAAUAAGCGAUUAUAACGGUUCUUAAAAGUAUAUUCUAUAAAUAGACUGCUAUUCUAUGGAAAUAUACUCUGAUGCAUGUUUGCAAUCAUGGAAGUAGAGCUAACAGACAGGUUAUACAGGAUUCAAUCUGUAGAUCGUGCUAGAAAGAUACCAAGUUUAAAUUAUUUAUUUGAUAAAUCUACAAAAGUUUAUGAUCGUAUGAAAGGAACAAAUACAUUUGUUAAUUGGGCUUUUGAUAUGGUAGAAAAUGUUGUAAAUAUUGUUAUUGAAAAAUCGUCGCCAGUUGCUAGAUUAAUGGAAAAGCCUAUUUAUACUUUGGACAAGACACUGUGUCAAGGUUUGGAUUUUGUGGAAGUGAAACUGCCUAUAAUCAAAGAAGAACCUAAAGAAAUAUUAGAUAGGACAAAAUCAAUUGUCACAAAUCAUCUACGUCCAGCUGUAAAAACUUUUUCUAAUCUUAAACAUGAAACGAAGCAAAAAGUCAGAAUUAUGAUUUUACUUACUUAUUAUAAGGUACAUUACUUACGUUUAUAUAGUUGGCAACAAGCAGAUAGAGUCAUGUCCACUGAAACAGGAAUCAGUAUUCUAAAAACUGUGGAUAAUACAACGCAUCUUGUAGAACUAAUAUUAGAUAAGUACUUACCUGCGUCACAUGAUGAAAUUCAAGAGGACACAGAGGAAUUAUGCAGUGAACACGCUAAAUUACAUCAUACAAUGGAAAGACUUACUGAGUUUGGUAGUCGUGCUUCUCGUCGUAUUUAUCUUGCUUUAGUGGAACAUUCGCAACAUAUGUAUAAAAUUGAGAUACUUAUACUAAUAUUGUACGCUCUUAUUGUAAUUCAAACUAUGAAAGUGUUGGAAAUACUAUUUACUUUUGUAUUCAAAUUGUUUAGUAGUUAUGCAUACUUCUUUUUUUUAGGAUUUUCGCAUAUAUUACAAUGGACUUAUUCGUAAUUUCAACAAAAUCACUUAUAAUAUAAAGCUAUGUAUUUCGUGUAAAGGUAUUUUUUCAUAAUUGACAUAAAUUUAGUCGUGUUGAAAGAGUAAAGCUGAUUAUAAUUAUGCGAAUUACUAUUUAUGUAUUUUUUAAAAUGUUUUUUUAUUUUAUUAUUAAUAUUAUUAUAUUUUUAUAUUAAUAUUUAUCAUUUGUAUGUUUAUUCAAACAAAUGAAACAAAAUGUUUAUCACAAUUUUGUUAUUUAUUUAUUUCUUUAUAUUCUAUCGUAGAAAACAAUUCUUGCAAUAUAAUUGUAUUUUUAUCAAAAAAAGAAAUAUUUAUUAUUAAGGGGUUUAGCAAAUUUCAUUAAAAAUGACCCACUUCUAUCUGGAUCGCAAAAAAAUACAUAUCCAAGAUAUACAUACAUUGAAGAGAUUAUUAAUUAAAGAUGAUAUAUUCAAUUUAUAUUUUAGCUAUGUAUUUAAAUGCAAUCUACAUAAGAAUAUAAAAAACUUUAUUUAGAUACUACUUUAUAUAUGAACUAAAAUUGAAAUUUAUUGAAGUAAUACCUUAAUAUUGUUAUUAAGUCUACUAUAUACCAAUUAAUAUAUACAAAUUAAUAAUGUAUGAUAAUAUUUUAAAGUUUCGUUUAUUAUUUCUUGAAAAUUAAAGAAACUCGUUGUUUUACUAAUUUUGUUCAACUGCUUUUGUGCGUUAUAUUAAUAAAUUGUUCAGAAAACAUUCGCGCUUAUAAUCUCAUUUUAAUGUGUUCGAUAGUUAUAGAACUUGUUUAAUUUUUUGUUUUAUUCAUUUUUAACACGCAUAUUAUUAACACGAUCGACUAUUUAUUUCUUACUCUCUAUGAAGAAGAUGCGAUGGUUAAUUUAUACGAAUAUAACAUUAAGAUGAUAUAAUGGUAUAACUGGCAAUUUAAAAUUGCCGUCUUGUUAAAUUAUGAGAUAAAGCACGAGUUUGACACGUAGAUGAAGACUUCGGCCCAGAUCAUGCAUAAGUCUAGCUCGUUACUCUGCUGAAUGACUCAUACAUACAUACAUACAUACAUACAUAUAAAAAAUCUUUCUUUCUUUAUAAUGUUAGCAUUUAUGUAAAUAAAAUAUAAAAUUAAGGAUGUGCUUAAAAAACAAAAAUUUCUCCAUAUAAUCAGAACGAACUCGUAUUAGAAAUUUACAAUAAAAAAAAAGCUGAAUUAGUUUGUUAUUUCUUUUGGAAAUAUGUUCAAUAAAUUCUUAUAAAUGUAUGCUUCACUGGUAUAAUGCGUGCGAAAACAUUUGUUUUUUAUAUCGACAAAUAAAAACCUAAAUACUAUGAGCAUAAUAAUUGUAUGAAGUUGCGAACAAUGCUAGUAUUAUUUACGUUAAAUAAAAAUGAAUUAAAGUUUCAUAAAA